AUGCAUAGGGAAAACUUCAAAGGUGUUCAUACCAAUAACGGAUGGCGGACACCACACCCUGCUUGUCUUCGACACCAAUUCAUUGCAAUGGACGCACUACAACUCAUUGAGGGGGAAACUGAGCAAACCGUUGAAUACUACAACAAAAAAGCAAUAAUUUUGGCAGACGCAACAAAUGUCUUCCUCAAUAGCGUCAAGGAAUGUGCUCCAACAAUUUUAGAAAAAAACAGCUUCCCACUUCUUGAGUUCAAGAAGCCCGUCUACAAUGAAGAAUUGACCGACGAGAUUGCAAAACUUCUUCGAAACCUGAAAGUUACACCAGCAAUUGCUCAAAACAAUACAAUAUCUGAUGAAACAUGA